AUGGGCUUCAUGAUCAGAAAGCCCGACGAUGCAGUGGGCUCUGCGGCCCCUGCCAUCAUCAUUGGUUUGUUCGUUGCGUUUGGUGGUAUUCUGUUCGGCUAUGAUACCGGCACCAUCAGCGGCAUCCUUGCCAUGCCGUACUGGCGCAAGCUCUUCUCCACCGGCUACAUCAAUCCUGACGACAACUAUCCGGAUAUCACAUCCUCUCAAUCGUCGAUGAUCGUCUCCCUGUUGUCUGCUGGCACUUUCUUCGGAGCUCUGGGCGCUGCGCCUGUUGCCGAUUACUUUGGACGACGCCUUGGUAUGAUUAUCGACUCGGUCGUCUUCUGCGUUGGUGUCGUUCUUCAGACCGCCGCCACUUCGAUUCCGUUGUUCGUCGCUGGCCGAUUCUUCGCCGGAUUGGGCGUCGGUCUUCUUUCAGCGACUGUUCCCUUGUAUCAAUCCGAGACAGCUCCCAAGUGGAUUCGUGGUACCAUCGUCGGAGCCUAUCAGCUGGCCAUUACCCUUGGUCUGCUGAUUGCUGCUAUUGUGAACAACGCCACCAAGGACCGUAUGGAUACCGGCUGCUACCGGAUUCCAGUCGCCAUCCAGUUUGCCUGGGCCAUUAUCCUGGUGACUGGUAUGCUGGUUCUUCCAGAAACCCCGCGUUUCCUGAUCAAGAAGGAUAAGCACGAGGCCGCCGCUAGGGCUCUAGCCCGCCUUCGCCGCAUGGAUGUCAACGACCCAGCCAUCGUUGAGGAAUUGUCCGAGAUCCAGGCCAACCAUGAAUAUGAGCUCAGCAUGGGUACCGCCAGCUACCUCGAGAUCCUUCGCGGCUCCAUCGGCAAACGUUUGGCUACCGGUUGCGGUAUCCAGGCUCUGCAGCAGUUGGCCGGUGUCAACUUCAUCUUCUAUUACGGAACUACCUUUUUCAAGGCCUCUGGCAUCAGCAACCCCUUUAUCAUUACUCUCAUCACCAACAUUGUCAACGUGAUGUCUACCUUCCCCGGUCUCUACAUGGUUGAGAAGUGGGGUCGUCGUCCUCUGUUGAUGUUUGGAGCUAUUGGUAUGUGUGUCAGCCAGCUUAUCGUCGCCAUCGUUGGCACUGCAACCUCUUCCGACGUGGCCAACAAGGUCCUGAUCGCCUUCGUCUGCAUCUACAUCUUCUUCUUCGCCUGCUCCUGGGGACCUGUGGCUUGGGUUGUGACUGGUGAGCUGUUCCCACUGAAGGCCCGUGCCAAGUGUCUCUCCAUCACAACCGCCACCAACUGGCUGCUCAACUGGGCCAUCGCCUACGCUACUCCUUACAUGGUCAACAGCGGUCCGGGCAAUGCCAACCUGCAGUCCAAGGUAUUCUUCAUCUGGGGUGGCUUCUGCUUCAUCGCGCUUGUCUUUGUGUACACCUGCAUCUACGAGACCAAGGGUCUCUCUCUCGAGCAAGUCGAUGAGCUUUAUGGCAAGGUCUCCAAGGCCUGGCAGUCUAAGGGUUUCGUCCCCACGGUCCACUUCACCGACGUCCGGGAUGUGGCCGAGGGACACCGGAAGGCCAGUCUCUCCCAGCUUGAGGCUGACGCCCAGGAGAAGCACAAGCUUGAGCAUCUGGAGAAGGCGUAA